AUGGAAGCUAAGAUAGCAGCUUUUGAGAGUGCGUAUGCGGCUUUAGAAGAGAAAGGUAGGUAUAAGAAGUUUAAUAGGUUUGCUAAGGUUGGGGAGCGGAGGACUCGUGAUCUGAACCAAGUGAAUUGCCUCAAGAAAGAGGAUGGUAUAGUGUUGGUUGAGGGUGCCCUCAUAAGAAAGAAGUGGCGGUCCUAUUUUCAUAAACUCUUGAACGACGAGGGGGAAAAAGGUUUCGUGUUGGGGGAUUUAGAAAAGUCUGAGGAGUGUCGCAAUUAUGGCCAUUGUAGGCAUAUUAAGGUUGAGGAGGUCAAGGGGGCUAUUCGCAGGCUGCGUCGGGAUAGGGAGACGGGGCCAGAUGAGAUUUCAGUGAAUUUUUGGAAGAGCUCUAGCAGGGCAGGUCGCUCGACUACUGAGGCCGUUCACCUUGUGAGGAGAUUAGUGGAGCAAUUUCAAAAGAGGAAGAAAGACUUGCAUAUAGUGUUUAUUGAUCUCGAGAAGGCAUAUAACAGAGUGCCUAGGGAGAUUCUGUGGAGGUGCUUGGAGGCUAGAAGGGUGUCUGUGAUGUACAUUAGGUCGAUUCAGCAUAUGUAUGAUGGAGUAAAAACUCGUGUCAGGACAAUAGGCAGAGAUUCGUUGCACUUUCUGCUUUAG